AAAUUAGAUAAUAGUAGUGAUAUUAAUGUGUGUGCAUAAUUGAAUGUCUUCUUAACAUUGUAAGCCGAAGAGAAAUAAAUAAAUAAAUAAAUAAAUAAAUAAAUAUAUAUAGAUAGAUAUAUUCUAUUCUAUUUUAAACGUUCCUAUAUUAUUGUAUUGGCCAUUAGCUGGGUGUCUUAGCACCUAGUCUUCUGCGCAGCCGGUGCACACAAGUCUUGUACAGCAUGCGCUGCAGAGACGUCGCGCCCGAUAAAGAGAAACGUGCGCGGCGAAUCGAUACUGCUGUGACACGUUGCGGUAGAUUUCCAAAAGGACAUAGACAGAACUCGAAGAUAAAAACGAAGAAUGGAAAUACCGAGCGGCUAUAUAUAUGCGCAAGUAAUAUCGGAGGCUUUUAGCCGCACCACUCUUCGGUUACGCUUCUGAUACACCGAAUGAUGGCCAAUAUAAGUUGUAGUGUCUUAAACCGUACAUUACUUUCCACGAAAGACCGAAGUAAUAUUCGAAUAACUCGCACAGUUAAAUGCAAUUCCGAUGUAAGAAAAAUUAAUUUUCUCAUCAACAUUGGAUAACGCGAAAAGGAAAUCGAAUUCGCACGGACAUGCCACAUCCGCCUAAGCCCAUUAUCCAUUCAUUUUCGAACAUAUGGAAAAUUAGGGAGGCGCACAUCUACAAUCGCAUCUAAAACGGUGCAUUACCCUUUCCCUUCCACCAUAUAGAUACACCUCGACAUUGAUCGUAGGUACGCGCGCGGGCGCGCGCGCGCGCGUUCGUGGGCGGCUCGAUGAGAGAAGUCGUUUCUGAUCCUCGUCGAGUCGCGUCGGACAUACAUGUGUGCAUGGGAGAGGAAUUACCGUCGAGAGAAGAGUGCGCACUCGGAAUCGAAAAUAUCGGUUCUCUCGUACGAACGAAUGUGGACGGGUAGACGGAUGGACUAUGGUCAUCCCGGCGCGGAUUCCGUUCACCAGGGUCGCAAACAACGACCGGCUGGCGCGAGCGGUUUGGACACGUCAUGGCAGACGAUGUGCUCGGGAAAGUCUGCAAAUCGUGUUACAUGGGUGGGAGAGAAAGAGGGAGACAUUUAUUGCACUCUGGAAAAGAUUUUCCUGGGACACGAAAGGAGAUACACGAAGAAACGAAAUACCAUCCAAUUACAAGACGAUCAGUCAGAAGCAGUUACAGCCAUAUAAAAGGCAAUCCACCUAAUGAUGUAAUAACAAUCAUAAAGAAACUUUAAAAUUAAAUCAUCAAAAAGAAAAAAGGAAAGAAGUAGAGAAGAAAGUCGGGAAAAGUAAAACAAAAAGACAAAGUCCGGUAAUCGGAAAAUAACGGGAAAGAGGGAAAGAGGGAAAGAUCGACAGCGAGAGAAAGAGAGAGAUAGAGAGAGAAAGAGAUUGUGCGAGCGAGGGAGCGAAUGCGGGGGUGGUGACCUUAGAGGAGGGAGGUUGGAUGAAAAAAAACGAGAACGCUGGCAAUGCGACGAUACGCAGGCAGCGCGGCGCGGCGCGGAACCGCCGAAAAUGCAAUGCGCCGCACUGGAGCGACGACGUCGACGUCGGGCGUGGCGGAUAACUGACCUCGCCUCGUCUGGCUCGGCCGCCCCUGACACCCCGUCGACGACCGUCAGUUUCCCCCUCGCGUCCCCUGGCGGCCCUCUCCAGUCCGACACCGCGACGUCGUCGGCCAGGGACGGCGCAACCGCAUGGGCCGCCCGACCGCUCGUUUAAGGGGAUACGCCUUUCGUCUUUAUUUAUUAUUCGCCAUUGCCGCCAUCGCUGCCACCGUCGUCGUCGCUGCCGCAUUGCAUUCCGCGUUCGCGAUAUCUCGUCGCUCAAAGCGCGGAACUGCCGCAGGCAACGCACAAAGCGUCGCCAUAAACAAUGUUUAGCAUUGAAUAAAGAGAAAGAGACCGUGUACGUCGAUAAUUGACGGCUCGACGAAGGAAUACAGGAGUUUCGAACAGUGAAAACGAUUAUUUUUCUAUUUUUGUUUGGAAAAAGUCGCAAGUGAAAAGGACAUAUUUCUUGUUUAUACUAAUGUAAAAUAGGUAAUAGAAAUGAUGAC